AUAUUAAUAUCCCUCACCCCACAUGGCCAAACUUCUAAAAAUUCAGAAUUCCUAUGUUUUCAAUUCUUUUACUUAUUUAUUUCAAAUUCCUGUUUCACCUCAUGCCUAGAAGUUGUGCAUUUGUCAGAAUAUAAAAGCAAAACCACAGCUCACAAAAACUUGCCAAGAAUCAAACACCCAAAUCACUCUCAACCUACCUUUUUCCUCUCAAGCUUUGAAUCUUGGGAAAUUGUGAGAUAAUAGUUGAGCUGCUUUGCUUUGCUUUCCCCUACAGUAGCUGCUGGUACAGUUCAGUGCAUGGAUUGCAAAUUCUGAGAAGAUCUGUUGGUUUUCUUCAUAUGCCAGAAGAAGACAAAAACCAAUGUAGACAGAGACAAAGAGUUGUGUUAGAACAAGAAUCAAAUCCCUCAAAAAUGGCUGCUUCUGCUUCUUCUUCUUCCCCAAUCAUUCUUCUCUUUGUUUUCUUCCUCUUUUUUAUUGCACAAUCACAAUCACACACUUUCAAUGCUACAAAUCACAAUUCCAAGAAACUCAAACACAUUACAGCCCACCUCAUGAAAAUCAACAAACCUGCUGUCAAGACAAUUCUGAGCCCUGAUGGUGAUAUCAUUGAUUGUGUAUUGACUCAUCAACAGCCUGCUUUUGAUCAUCCUUUACUCCAAGGCCAAAUUCCCAUGGAUCCGCCCGAGAGGCCAAAAGGGCUUCACACGACAACGACAACAACAGCAACAACAACAACAGAAGACACGUUUCCUGAAAACUUCCAAACGUGGACAUCGUCUGGCGAAUCUUGCCCGGAAAACACGAUUCCGAUAAGGCGAACAUCGGAGCAAGAUCUCUUAAGAGCAAGCUCCGUCCGAAGAUUCGGCCGCAAAAUUAGAAGGCCCAUUAGAAGAGAUUCCUCCAGCAAUGGCCAUGAGCAUGCUGUGGGGUAUGUGAGUGGCGAUCAAUAUUAUGGUGCAAAAGCGAGUAUAAAUGUGUGGGCUCCACGAGUUGCAAAUAAAUACGAAUUCAGCCUUUCGCAAAUGUGGGUUAUCGGAGGCUCCUUUGGCGACGAUCUCAACACCAUCGAGGCAGGCUGGCAGGUUAGCCCAGAGAUCUAUGGGGACAAUUAUCCUAGGUUCUUCACCUACUGGACUAGUGAUGCCUAUCAAGCAACUGGAUGUUAUAAUUUGUUGUGCUCAGGCUUUGUUCAGACCAAUAAUAAAAUAGCUAUUGGCGCUGCAAUUUCCCCAACGUCGUCGUAUAAUGGAGGCCAAUUUGAUAUUAGCUUGCUAAUUUGGAAGGAUCCAAAGCAUGGGAAUUGGUGGCUAGAGUUUGGAAAUGGGGUUCUAGUUGGGUAUUGGCCAACGUUUCUAUUCACACACCUGCGCGAUCGUGCAAAUAUGGUACAAUUUGGGGGCGAAAUUGUAAAUAGUAGAAGUUCGGGGGCGCACACAUCGACGCAAAUGGGGAGUGGGCAUUUUGCAGGAGAGGGGUUCGGAAAAGCGUCUUAUUUCAGAAAUCUACAAGUGGUGGAUUGGGAUAAUAGCCUUAUCCCUUUAUCGAAUCUGAGAGUUUUGGCCGAUCAUGCAAAUUGUUAUGAUAUAAGGGGUGGAAUUAAUAGAGUUUGGGGUAAUUAUUUCUAUUAUGGAGGACCGGGGAGAAAUUCGAGGUGUUCUUGAAAAUAAAUACUAGGAUAUGGUUAAUGAGUUUUUUUUUUUUUUAAUAGUGUGUUGUUUAUUUAAUUUUUUUUUAAACCCUCAUUUUGGGGUGAUUUUAGGUCGAUUUCUUGUCGAGGGAGUGGGGGUUAUUCUUUUGAUAUUUACUUGGAUCUAAACGAAGUGAUCCAUUGAUUUUAUUCUAGUUUUAGGGGCAUGCAAUGUAAAUUGGGUGAAUGAAAUAGUAAAAAUAGUAUGUUCACUUUCAA